AGGGCGAGCAUGUCUGUCAAGGAGAUCUAUCUUUUGAGCAUCAAGGGAGGCUCGAGGAUCGGCCUUGUGGCUGAGCUAACGGACGUCAUGGGCCCUUACGAUGUCAACAUCCUCGACGUCGGGCAAGCCGAAAUUCAUGACAUGCUGUCCAUCGGAAUGCUCGUGGAGGUCACCAAGGAGAACUCUCAGAAAGUGUUCAAGGAUUUGGUUUUCCUGUCGCAUCACCUUGGAAUUCAAGUGAGCUUCACGCCGGUGUCGAGCAUGGAGUAUGAGCGAUGGGUGACCAUGCAGUCAAGAGGGCGAUACACUGUGACGGUUCUCUCAAGGAGGCUCAACUCGCGUCACUUACAUCUCGUCUCCAAGAUCUUGUCAGACCAUGGGAUGAAUGUCGAUCAGAUUGUCCGCUUGUCCGACCUGAUGUCGUUGAGGGACUCAAACCUUAAAGUUUCGCGUUCUGCCUUUCAGCUGCAAGUGAGUGGGAAGCCGAGAAGCGUCGGCGCUCUGCGGGAGGAACUCUUCAAAGUUUCCCUCCAAGAGCCCAUAGAUGUGGCGGUGCAAGAAGACGAUCUUUUCCGUCGCAACAGGCGCCUCAUACUCUUCGACAUGGACUCCACGCUCAUCCAGUGCGAAGUCAUCGACGAGCUUGCGAAGCAUGCGCAGGUUGGAGAAGAAGUGGCGAAAAUCACUGAAGCAGCAAUGAGAGGAGAGAUUGACUUCAAGGAGUCGUUCCGGAGGAGGAUGAAGCUGCUCAAGGGGAUGGACGAGUCUGUCCUGGAAGGAAUCGCUGACAGUCUUCCCAUCACCGAAGGGGCUCCUCGUCUCAUCGCGAACCUCAAGAUGCUCGGCUACAAAGUCGGCAUCCUUUCAGGCGGCUUCACAUACUUCGCCCAGAAACUGCAGAAGGAGCUCGGGAUCGACUACGUGUAUGCAAAUCAGCUUGACUUCAAGGACGGGAAGCUGACGGGCGAAGUGAAGGGCGAGAUAGUGGACGCUCAGAGAAAGGCAGAGCUGCUCAAGUACAUUGCACAGCAGGAGGGACUGUCACUGAAGCAGGUCAUCGCGGUUGGUGACGGCGCCAACGAUAUUCCCAUGCUCAAGCUCGCGGGGCUCGGAGUCGCGUUUCAUGCGAAGCCCAAGGUGAAGGAGCAGGCGCAGGUUGGCAUCAGCACGCUGGGGCUCGACGGAAUCCUCUACCUGCUCGGGAUUCGCGACAGUGAAGCUAGCACUAAGGGCAAAACGAGACUGCCGGAAGCUCCGGUUCCCUUUUCUCGUCUAUGACGGGAUAAACUGUAUUCUUUUUGUGGUUUCAAGGAAGAAAGAGAGGCAGAGCCUUCUCUUGUCUCAUCUCAGCUCAAGUUGCUUCACACCCAGGGGCCUCUCACUUCUCGUCUUGAGAUUUGCCUUUGUUCCUCUUCGCCAUGAUCUUCUUGACAUCUUCAGCUGUCAAACCCCCCGAAGAUUCAGGCCUCUUGUAGUCCAUGGGCAUGUCGUUCUUGCCAAACAACACUUCAUCCAACACCUGUCCUCGUCGGUUGUAGGAUCGCCCAGCCUUCUCGCAGGUUGGGCAAGGACGGAAGGCUUUGAUCGGCCACCACGCAAGUCCUGGAAGGGUCGCAAGUCCUCCCUGAAUCCUUCCUGUACCUCCGCACUCCGGGCAGUCGUACUCGCCUCCCUCCUUGGCCCCUUUCCUCCACUCUUCCGACGCAAGGGUGCUGACCGACUGGGUGAUCCAUUCUUUAUCAAAGAAAGCUUGCCCAUCCACAUUCACGGGGUCUGCUCUCCUUCUGGCUUCUGCCGGCGACCUCCCAACCUUGGAGAUUUCUUUCAUAUCCCCAACAUUGUUGUCUUUUUCUUCAAUCAUUUCUGACCCUGCACUGAUCGCUUCAAUGCUCUCUUGACUACUUUGCUUCUUCUGAGCUCCGAAUCCCUCUCCUGCCAUGCAAAGAGCAACUUGCCUUGAUGCUUGGCAUGACCUAGCAAGGCUGACAGAAGAGAAGGCGCUUGCAGAAUGGAGGAGGAAGCAGAAGAGGAGAGCAAGGAUGCCCAAGGUGUCAACCGCUUUCAACAUGCUCGCGUCUCCCUUUCUUCUCCUCCCUCUUACCCUUCC